UUUUUAGCGGGAAAACCAACUCAACAGCAACUCAGAAUCCAAAAACCAACAAAAAACACCAACAAACCAAAUUGCAGCAAGCUACAAAUGAAGUUGCUGGUGAAGCUGCUGGACGACCGCGAUCCGUUCAAUGCAGACGAAGCAGUGAAGGGGACCUGGCACGUCUUUGAUCCCGAGGCCGGGCUGCGCGACCAGUUUGCGACCGUGCACGCGCUCAUCCGCUGCCCAUUCGCACUGGAGGACAGCGCGCUGUUUGUCGCAUCCAGCAAGGUCUAUCUCGAUCUGGACGAGCCGCUCUCGGCUGCCGGCGACGAGGCUCAGGUCAAGCCAUACGCGACAGUGCUCGUGCGCCUGCAGCCAGAGAUCCAAGCGCACAAGUGCAUCGAAAUCCUCAACGGGGCGACCGGACGAGCGCUGCAGAAGGCGGUCAAUACAUUUGCAACCAUGGUUGAAUCUGACGCACGCCUCGCGCAAGAGUUUGCCCUCAUCGACGGCCUCGACGCAAUGAUGCGCGUCGCUCUGUUCGGCGCGGCGCUCACGCAGCUGUAUGCGCUCAGGGCGAUGCGGGCCAUCAUCUGCCUCAUUGACGGCAUGAACGCGGUCAUCCGAUCCAACUACGUCGUUCACCAGGUCUACGCGUUGAUCUCGUCGGAAAUGUCCAAGGUCAGCAAAGGUGCUCUCGAAAUCCUGCUUGUCAUCCUGGACUUUGACGAGAAGAAUCUCGCAAUCGUGUCCGAAGCAGCCCAGCUGACGGCCAAGGAGCGCGCCACUCCCGCCUACGCACCGCUCGUCCACUUGCUCGAUUCGCCCGAUGAGGAGGUUCGCGUGUGUGCCAUCUCGCUCAUCAACCGCAUGAUCCGUGCAGUCGACACGGAAGAUUCCUUCUACGACCUCACCGACGCCUUUGAGCUUGCGGGCAUUGCCGAUGUGAUUGCCCGCGCCCUCAAAAGCACCAGCAAUGCUGCCUUCAAGUCUCACCUCGAGGCCUACGAAAAGGCUCUCGAGGAGGCGGACAGCAAGACCAACGUCAUCCAACCCACACCUGGCGAAGACACGCCCUCGCCCCGCAUGAAGCGCGGCCUCACCAGCAGAAGCGACUCGGCUUUCGCCGUCGCUUCGUCACCGACACCGCCCAAGUCCGCUGCAAAGUCCAUUCUUAAAGGCAGUGACGCGGGCCAAGCAAAGCCGAAAGGUGCUCUUCGUUUCAACGAAGCGGGCGACGACCAACCCACCAGCAGCACCCGAGGUCUCGCGCGACACCGCUCCACCGGACGCCGCCUCUCGUCACGCCGACCUGCCGCUGGCGAGGCGGAUGGCUCCGACAGCUCAGAUGACGACGAAGAUGCCGAUGAAGGAGCCAGCCAAAGCACGACCAAAUUGCAGCGGAAAACCACAGCAAUGCGUACACAGCGUGCCCAGGUCUUGCUCGCUGUUGAUGAUGUCAGCCCCGAAGACAAGGCCAGUCUCGAGAAGGCCAUAGUCUCGAUCGACGAGCGAAUUGUCAUUAUCAAGGACUCGAUUGUGGUCGAGGACCGCCUCCUCAAAGGCGCUCAGGCCAUGAAGACCUUGUUCGUCAAGGAGCCCGUCAAGCUUGCAGGCGCUCAGCAAGCAGAAGCGGCGAGCCUUCAAAAGAUUGCCACUUUGGAGAAGGAGUUGGGAACGGCCCAGGAGCUGCGUGCCCAGCAUGCUGCCAGCCUGGAGUCCUUGAAGGCAGCCGAGGCCAAGUUGCAAGCCGAGCGCGAUGAAGCCGCGCUGCGUGCUCUCGCGGAAGCGCGUGCCCAUUCCGAGCAAGCGUCCAAGGCGGCUGCCGAGCGCAAGCUCCAACAACAGAAGACAGAAUCGACUCCGAAAGAGAGCGGGCUCGCUGUUCCUUCUGCAAGAGCCGGCAUUGCCCCAGGCUCGAUGCGCAAGUCUGUGCGAAUUGCUUUCAAAGAGGCGCUCGAUGAUGUCGAUCCGAGUGCACAAUCGCAAGCAUCGUCCGACAGUGGAGCGACUGUCGACUUCCGCUUGAACAUUGAGCCCGGCACAAAGCCGAUUGUGCAUGCUGCUGCCGCUGCUGCUCCGAAGGAACUGGUGAUCCCACCUGCCAUUGCACCCACCGGGAUAGAGAGCGAGCAACUGGACGACGGAACCUUGCUUCAGCUGACGGAACCCGCAACGGUCAAUUUGAAGUUUGACAACUUUGAUUUCGAGGACCUGACGGCGACUGACGAUGUUGAUCCCUGCGCCGAGCCUGUCGUCGCCGACACUGGAUCCGCCGGCGGUCCGCCCCCACCCCCUCCCAUGAUGGGUGGUGGACCACCUCCACCUCCUCCGCCGAUGAUGGGUGGUGGACCACCGCCACCGCCUCCGCCAAUGAUGGGAGGCGGCCCGCCACCGCCACCUGGCCCGCCACCGCCGCCCGGUGCUGGUCCAGCGCCAGCUGCGGCCGCUGCUGCCAAACCGCAACUGCGCCAGCUGCACUGGACCAAGGUCAACCUUCCCAAGCGCGGCCCUUCUGAGCCCGGCAAGGAUAGUGUAUGGCACGAUAUCGACCAAGUCGACUUGGACAUGGACAGCAUUGUGCUUCAGUUUGCGCGCGUUGCCAAGGCGGACGCCCCUCCGCCUCCAGCUGCCACCACCACAGAGGUGUUCAAAGGCGGUCGUGCCGCGUCGGUGCUUGACCAAAAGCGUCUCCAGUCGCUUUCGAUUGCCAUGUCCAAGCUGCCUGCGGGAAACAAGAUCAAGGACGCAGUCUUGUGCAUGCACAGUCUCGAUCGAGAGCUUGUUCAGCGGCUGGCACUGCUGGUGCCCACCGAAGAGGAAGUUGCUGCCAUCACCUCUCGCAAAUCCAUGCUGCCCCCCGGUGUUGCACUCGACCCUGCUGACGAUUACUUGCUGACCCUGUCCAAGAUCUCGGCGCUUUCCGAGCGUCUGAAUGUGUGGCUCAAAGUGCUGGAGUUUGAGGAGGCGGCUGACACUGUAUCGCGCUCGCUCAUGUACCUGAAAAACGCGACAGACGAGCUGCGAUCCAGCCAGGCGUUCCGGGCCAUUCUGGCCAUCGUGCUUGCUUAUGGCAACGCCUUGAACACCGGAACAGCCAAGGGCAGUGCCGAUGCCUUCUCCCUCGACACGCUCAACAAGCUCACCUCCAUUAAAGACGUGACUGGCAAAGCGUCCCUGCUGGAUCACAUUGUUCGUUAUGUUGUCGAAAAGUACCCUGCAGGUGUCACCCUCGCCGACGAAAUUCCCCAUGUGCUCGAAGCAGUGCGGUUUGCCGAUAAUGUCGAGUCUGUCGACGCGCACAUUGCUGCUCUGUCCGAGUCCGUGAAAACGGCACGCACCCAGCUUUCCGGAAUCAUUGUCAACGAUGCGCACUCGGUCUGGAGGAGCCGCCUCCCGGACGUGCUCCAGAGCCGAUACGAAAUUGUCUCUGCACUCGCCGUCAUUUCGCGUCGCGCCAUGCAUCGCUUCCGCAGCCUCGCGAUCUUCCUUGGUUACUCGACCAGCGCAGCAGCCACAGUGACGCCCCGCGAAAUGUUCCAGCUCGUUGGCGAAUUUGCUCUCGAAUUCAAGGCGCUCAUCAAGGUAGCCGUCGAGAACCAGCAACGUGCGCUUAAAAAGUUGGAGCGCAACAAGACCUUGGGCAAGCGCAUUUCCAAUUUGGUCGCUGUCACUUCCAAACCAACUGCUGCCAAGCCCUCCGAGGGAGCAGCAGGUUCCGGGGCCACUCUGGCUGCCUCUGCAGGCGCCAAGGCACCCGAACAUAGCAAGGCUUCCCGCACAUCCAGCGUUGCUGAUGGCGACGACGACAUGAUGUCCUGCCUGGUUGCGACUCUUGUCACCCCGACGGAAGGCAAGCGCAAGCGUCUCAAGGCGACUGUGGCGUCGAUUGCGCGCAAGUCCAUCCGCCGAACCAUCAAGUCAAGUGUGUAAACUACACCGCGCGCGGAUUUUUUUUGUUCUCGCUGUCUUGAACGUUGUUUAUGGUGAAG